AUGUCCGGAGUCCAGCUGUACAUCUCCAGUGUGUCAGCAUCGAGAGAGGUCAGAUCUCAACAGGCAGAAGUGGAAAGAGUACUAGAAAUAAAACGAAUAAAGUACAAAUUGAUAGAUGUUUCAGUCAGUGAAGAAAUCUUGGAAGAAAUGAGAAACAGGACAGGCAAUCCCACAGCUCUUCCACCACAAAUAUUCAAUGACGAUUUUUACUGUGGGAAUUACUGGGAGUUUUAUGAUGCUGUGGAGAAUGAAGAGAUUGAUCACUUCUUAAAACUGAAGGGGAAAGAGAAAGAGCAGUUAGACCGUAAAAUUCCAACCGACUGCAAUGAAAAUUAUAUCGCAAAAAGCUGA